AUGGCGGCGGGCGUCGCCAUGCGCGCCCCCCGCUACGGGCCGCUCUGCCCCCCCGUCUCGCUCACCCUUAGUCCUCCCCCGCCGCGUUUGCGAUACUUUACGACGUGCAGCCAACGGCGGGGGCUUCCUACUUAUACUGGGAGCCUCCCAGUUUGUACUGGGAGGGGGUUAUGGUCUGUACUGGGAGAGAUUCCAGUUCGUUUAUGGAAAAGGAGGAACGCGGUUGUACUGGGAGAGUUCCAGUUUGUACUGGGAGGGUUCCAGUCUGUACUGGGGUGUAUCCCAGUCUGUACUGGGAGGAUCCCAGUCCAUACUGGGAGUGUCCCAGUGGCUUUACUGGUUUCUGCAGGGGACGGCGUUUACCAGCGGGGGAUGGAUUUCAUCCUGGAGAAGCUCAACCAGGGGGACUGGGUGCACGUCUUCCCCGAGGGCAAAGUCAAUAUGGGGCAGGAGUUCGUGCGCUUCAAGUGGGGUGAGCCCCCCAAGUGCCCCCCCCGAUCCUUUCUGCCCCCCAAGUGCCCCCCCAAUCCCCAUCUCCCCCCAAGUAUCCCCCCCAAUGUCCCGUCUGCCCCCCAACGCAUCACGGUGGUUGUGGGGCGACCCUUCAGCGUCCGGCCCCUCCUGGAGCGGCUUCGGGCUGAGGGUACAUCCACGGUGGAGAUGCGGAAGGCGCUGACGGAUUUCGUGCAGAGGGAGUUCGAAGCGCUGCGCAGCCAGGCACGGGCCCUACACCCUGCCCCAUAGCGUGUGGGGCAGGCGCCCCAUAGAUGGACAAAGCCUGCCCCAUAGCGUGUGGGGCGGACACCCCACUGCCUCGCCCCAUAGCGGGAACGGCCCCCCCCCCAACAACGGUGCUGGAAGAAGGACAGACGGGACGGAGGGACACACGACCUGCCCCACGGCGUGCCCCAUAGCCUGCCCCAUAGUGUGCCCCACGGCCUGCCCCAUAGCGUGCCCUCCUUCCUGUGCACUGUGCCAAUAAAGGCCGUGGAGCAUC